AUGUCUACAGUCGCGGACGAACUUCUUAACGAUUUCGGCAGCUCGGGUGACGAGGCCGAGGAGGUGGAAAAUGGCCUGGAAACCACAAAUGGCGAGGCCAUGGAGGUGGAUGGUGGCGAGGUCAAGGUAGAGGAUGAGGACAUGGACGACGAAGAGGCUUCAAAAGCCAAAAUCGAAAAGAUGCAGCUGGGCGAUGUCAAAGACGUGCGAAGCGUAGCCAGCUUGAUGGCGACUUUAGAACCAGUCUUAGAGAAAAUCAAACAAUACCAAUCGCAACCCGCCACGCAAGCGUCCGUAGGAAAUAUCGAGGACCACCCCGAAUACCACCUCUUGACGCAGUCGAACAGCCUAUCUACGCAGAUUGACGGCGAGGUGGUGCUGGUACACAAGUUUAUUCGCGACCACUACUCGACACGCUUCCCCGAGCUCGAGCGACUCGUCACGACACCGCUGGAAUAUGCCAAGGUUGUUUCCAUCAUGGGAAACGGCCCUAUGGACUCGGAGAGCAUCAAAGCGCUACAGACGGCGACAGACAACCCGCUGGGCAUGGGUCUCAAGGCGGUCCUCGAUGGACCGUCGCUCAUGAUUGUCACCGUUGAGGCUACGACAUCAAAGGGAGAGCAAAUGCCGGCGGAGGAGCUUGCGCGCGUGCGGCAGGCGUGCGACAUGAUGAUUGCGCUCCAUGCGGCCAAGACGAGCCUGACGGAAUACGUGCAGUCACGCAUGAACAUCUUCGCGCCGAACCUGACGGCGCUCAUCGGCUCGCUCACUGCGGCGCAGCUCCUCAACGCCGCGGGCGGCCUGACGGGUCUCUCCAAGACGCCAGCCUGCAACCUGCCGUCGUGGGGAUCCAAGAAGCGCCAGGCCGGCCUGGCGACCAACAUUGGCGUGCGCCAGCAGGGCUUCCUCUACAACUCGGAAAUCAUCCGCGGCAUCCCCAGCGACCUGAAGAAGCAGGCGAUGCGCAUCGUCGCGGCCAAGCUCGUCCUCGCCGCGCGCGUCGACCGCAUCCACUCGAGCGCCGACGGGUCCACGGGCGACACCCUCAAGUCGCAGUGCCUGGAGCGUCUGGAGAAGCUGACGGAGCCGCCGCCCAACAAGGGCGGGCGCGCCCUCCCCGUCCCCGACGACAAGCCCUCGCGCAAGCGCGGCGGGCGGCGGGCGCGCAAGGCCAAGGAGGCACUCGCCAUGACGGACCUGCGGCAGGCGCAGAACCGCAUGGCCUUUGGCAAGGAGGAGCACGAGGUGGGCUUCGGCACGGGCUCGGGCACCGUCGGCCUCGGCAUGAUCGGGCAGGCCAAUGACGGACGCAUCCGCGGGAUGCAGGUCGACCAGCGCACGCGCGCCAAGCUCAGCGCCAAAAACAAGGGCUGGGGCGCCGCGAGCAGCGUCGGAGGCGGUGCUGCGUCGUCCAUCGGCGGCUUCGGGCACUCCAACGGCGGCGGCAUGGACCUGCGAGGCAAGGGCCUGCGCACGUCGGGCGUGGGCAGCACCCUCGGCGGCGGCGCGGGCACGGCGUCGUCGCUGUCAUUCACGCCGGUGCAGGGGCUGGAGCUCGUCGCGCCGAAGAACCAGGCGGAGCUGGGCAAGAAGCGCAAGGCAGAGGACGAUCGAUGGUUCCAGGGCGGCACCUUUACGCAGCUCGGCGGCGGCUCCGGCUCGUCAGGCUCGUCGAACGGGUUCAAGAUUCCGGCGCUGCCAGCGUCCAAGAGGCAGAAUACAGGUGCGGGUAGCAUGGGCCCGCCCCCGAAGAAUUGA